ACAGAGGUUGCUCAUUUUUCUAUUUUAUUACCAAAGCGCCUUGAGAGAUCAAUCUAGAUACAACAUUUCAAAGCUCGGUCCAAAUUGAUCUAAUCCUAAAAUGGCAGUCUCUCCCUCCUCACCCACUCCCACCCGCCCCUCUUCUUCUCCUCCCUACUUCGGACAGUUGAGAUAACAGAUUGUUAUGUCUUCAUUCGCACAUUCCAAAUUCAAGGUCUAUGUAAAAGGCUCACACUUUAGCUGUUCUAAAAUCUGACUAGGAAAUAAAAAGACAACCAAAUCCGACAGUCUUCCCCGUGGCCUCCUACCGGUUGGACGUGCCCUAAACACCUCCCUAGGAAGAGGUUUGGGUGGCAUCCUGACCAGAUCCCCGAACCACCUAAUCUGGCUCCUCUCCAUGUGGAGGAGCAGCGGGUUUACCUUUAGCUCCUCCCAGAUGGCAGAACUUCUCACCCUAUCUCUAAAGGAGAGACCCGCCACCCGGCGGAGGAAAAUAAUUUCGGCCGCUGGUACCCGUGAUCUUUUUCUUUCAGUCACAACCCAAAGCUCAUGACCUUAGGUGAGGAUGGGAACAUAGAUGGACCGGUAAAUUGAGAGCUUUGCCUUCCGGCUCAGCUCCUUCUUCACCACAACGGAUCGAUACAGCGUCCGCGUUACUGAAGACGCCGCACCGAUCCGCUUGUCGAUCUCACAAUCCACUCUUCCAUCACUCUUGAACAAGACCCCGAGGUACUUGAACUGCUCCACUUGGGGCAGGGUCUCCUCCCCUUUGCCGGACGAGAACAUAUUGCGUCACACAUUUUCGAUGGGAGACAGGUCUGGACUGCAGGCGGGCCAGGAAGUUACCUGUACUCUUUUUUUUUACGAAGCCACGCUGUUGUAACACGUGCUGAAUGUGGCUUGGCGUUGUCUUGCUGAAAUAAGCAGGGGCGUCCAUGAAAAAGACGGCGCUUAGAUGGCAGCAUAUUAUGUUCCAAAACCUGAAUGUACCUUUCAGCAUGAAUGGUGCCUUCACAGAUGUGUAAGGUACCCAUGCCUUGGGCACUAAUACACCCCCAUACCAUCACACAUGUGUAAGGUACCCAUGCCUUGGACACUAAUGGACCCCCGUACAUACAGAUGCUGGCUUUUGAACUUUGCGUCGAUAGCAGUCUGGAUGGUUCGCUUCCCCUUUGGUCCGGAUGACACGAUGUCGAAUAUUUCCAAAAACUAUUUGAAAUGUGGACUCGUCAGACCACAGAACACUUUUCCACUUUGCAUCAGUCCAUCUUAGAUGAUCUCGGGCCCAGAGAAGCCGGCGGCGUUUCUGGAUGUUGUUGAUAAAUGGCUUUUGCUUCGCAUAGUAGAGCUUUAACUUGCACUUACAGAUGUAGCGACCAACUGUAUUUAGUGACAGUGGUUUUCUUGAAGUGUUCCCGAACCCAUGUGGUGAUAUCCUUUAGAGAUUAAUGUCGGUUUUUGAUCAAAUUCUAAAGUUAAUGAUUAUUUGCACCCCAAAAAUUUUUUUUAUUAGUUUGAACAUCAAAUAUCUUGUCUUUGUAGCAUAUUCAUAUGAAAAUAGGUUGAAAAUGAUUUGCAAAUCAUUGUAUUCCGUUUAUAUUUUCCAUCUAACACAAUUUCCCAACCCAUAUGGAAACCGGGUUUGUAUAACCCAUUGACCAAUGGUUCUUAACCUUAUUGGAUGUACCAAACCCCACCAAUUUCAUAUUCGCGUUCACCGAACCCUUUCGUGAAAAAAUAAAUAAAUAAAAAAUUCUAUUUCAAGACAAAGUUAUAUGUUUUUUUUUACUGGGGCACAAAAUCAACCGUGCAUGAACAUCCCCUUGUUCAAAGAACAACAAAAUACACAUCUGCAAAUUAGAUGGAAAAUUAGAGGGAACAUUGUUUGGGGGUAUCCAUAAUACACCAAUAGGGAGAAGUUUUUAUUUACAUGAUGAGUCGGGUGUGUCUUGAACCCCUGAGGCCGACUCACCGAACCCCUAGGGUUGGAUCGAACCCAGGUUAAGAACCGCUGCCCAUCGACCAUUUAACUGUGCAACUUUGAUGUCUUAUCAUGUUGUGUCAAAAACCCUGUUCAGUGUGUCACCAUGUCACAUUAAUUUGUCUCCAUCGUUGUAGUUUUUGCCACCCGUCAAGGAAAUGUGUUCCGCCUGUAUGACGCCGGUGUAUCCCAUGGAAAAAAUGGUGGCCAAUAAACUUAUCCUGCACAAGAAGUGUUUCUGCUGCAAACACUGCCAGAAGAAGCUGAGCAUCCACAACUACUCCUCUCUUUAUGGCGAGUUCUACUGCAUGUCUCACUACCAGCAGCUUUUCAAACAGAAGGGAAACUACGACGAGGGGUUUGGGCACAAGCAGCAUAAAGACCGCUGGCUUAGAAAAGAGAAAGGAGGCGAUGAAACCGACAAGACGGCUCGCCUCGAAUCGACAAAAAGCCGCUUAAGCGAUCCUGCAGCCGGUGGAAAGUUGUCCGCCGAAGAGUACGUCGCAAAGUCCCGUGCAACCGAGAUGCGUUACGGCAGUAAUGUUGAGGUCAAGGGCAAACUGAAAGUGAAAUGGCCUCCGGAGAAGAAGAAGCCACUUGUGAAUGUAAACACAACCGGUUUGAAACCAGUAGAUAGAGUCCAACAGUCUGUGUCAGAAGUCAAGGAGAAACCUGCGGCAACAGAGCCAAAAUCCACAAGUUAUCGCUCAAAACCUGCACAUUUUCAAGUCAACAUACCUCCAACUUCUCCCCCUUCCUCUUCUUCGCUACGAGAAAGUGGGAAAAAAGUCUUGGAUAAAGCUUCAAACAAACCGGAUGCUAGUCCUAAAAAAACAAGGAAGUCCGUACGUUUUGCGGCGAAUCUUGAUGAUGUUCCUCACCGCGAUCAGCCUCAACCGGCCACGGGUGCGACAAAGGCGGAUCCCACUGGUUUGGUGUCUUCGUCAGGCCAAACGAAGCAGUUUUGCAAUGAUACGGUCAAUAAUGCAAAUGAUAACUGUGGGAAAAAUGACUUAGAUCAGAAAUUACAGCGUACACAUAAGCCCGGAAGAGAACCCAGCACGACAGAGUCUGGUGUUGAGGUGGAGAAAAGCAAAGAAAUCCUACAAACCAACGACAAAAUUGUACCUACUGUUUUGAACGGAGGUGUGCAGACACUUGAAUCGGUUGAAGAUGUCAGUUUUGUCCAAGUUCUUAUGACACAGGAGCCGAUUAAAAAUGCAACUCCUCCGCCAAAACCUGAAAGGACGUCUGAAGGCAACCAAAGUAGGGAUGACAAGAUAAACUCAGCACAAGAAAAUGAGCAGAGCAGCAGUGAACAGGUUCUUGCAAAAACACAUGCUCUGAAGGGCAAUGCGAGACAGACUGACAGGUCCAAAGUCCGGCUGGGAUCUUGGUCCAAAGGAAAGAGUCCCUUGUCAAAGCUCUUCGCGGUGAGUGGGACAGAGAAAACAAACAAGGUUGAAGCAAAAAAUGUCAGUAAAGCAAACGAGAAACCUGGCAGUAGACUCAUGGCAAAACUCUUUCAGACCUCCUUAGACAAGAACAAACAAUACAAAAUGAAAGAGCUCGAUGAGGGUCAAGUCAAACCUCUGGACCAGGAAGAUAAUGCCGUAGUUCAAGACCGGGCUCUCUCUUCCAACUCAAACACACUGCAGAGCAUCAAUGAGGAUACUUUGAUCACAGAGUCAGUGACCCUGGACCACAAAUUAACUAGUGAAACAAAUGACAUCCUGACAGAACCUGUCCAAACAGAUCAUACUGAAAACCAGAACCGUGGGGCUACCCUUAAAGCAUCAGCUGAUUCUACAGCAGCUGACUCUGAAGACUUUCUUUCUCCUAAUGAUUGUGGCUCUCAAGAGUCAACCCUUGAAUUGACCAUUGAAAACAGUGAGGUUUUUGAGGUCGGCGUUGAUCCACCCAUCAUUCAGGUCUUUGAAGCUGAGCCAGAAAAAAUACAUAUUGACCACAACACAAUUGUUGAUCUCAACCAAGAACCUCUGCAAGAGACACCGAUUGAUCAGUUUGUUUCUCAGGAUCUUUUUGGGGACGACCUGACAGAACCUGUCCAAACAGAUCAUACUGAAGACCAGAACCGUGGGGCUACCUUUAAAGAAUCAGCUGAUUCUACAGCAGCUGACUCUGAAGACUUUCUUUCUCCUAAUGAUCAUGGCUCUCAGGAGUCAACCCUUGAAUUGACCAUUGAAAACAGUGAGGUUUUUGAGGUCAGGGUUGAUCCACCCAUCGUUCAGGUCUUUGAAGCUGAGCCAGAAACAAGACAUAUUGACCACAACACAAUUGUUGAUUUCAACCAAGAACCCCUGCAAGAGACACCGAUUGAUCAGUUUGUUUCUCAGGAUCUUUUUGGGGACGACCUGACAGAACCUGUCCAAACAGAUCAUACUGAAGACCAGAACCGUGGGGCUACCAUUAAAGAAUCAGCUGAUUCUAGAGCAGCUGACUCUGAAGACUUUCUUUCUCCUAAUGAUCAUGGCUCUCAGGAGUCAACCCUUGAAUUGACCAUUGAAAACAGUGAGGUUUUUGAGGUCGGGGUUGAUCCACCCACCAUUCAGGUCUUUGAAGUUAAGCCAGAAGAAAGUUAUAUUGACCACAACACAAUUGUUGAUCUCAACCAAGAACCUCUGCCAGAGACACCGAUUGAUCAGUUUGUUUCUCAGGAUCUUUUUGGGGACGACCUUGUAAAUACGACGGGUUCAGUUCCUACUGAAAGCUUUAGCCUGCUUGACUCUCAACCAGGAUUGAUGGAAAAUGGAGAGCUCGGCUUGACAGAGCAACUGAUCGCCCCAGACUUUAUCAACCAGGCUGAGAAUCAAAGCCUGGUGGAGACGACAAACAGCCUAACGUACAUUCAGGAGUCAGAUCUGGAUAUAUUCGCCCCAGAUGGCACUUUAUGCACCCAGCAACCUGUUCAAACUGAAACAUCCACUAACCAAUCAUCAACCUUCCCUGAUGAUAUCUUUGCAGUGGGCGAUGUUCUCGGUGCUGAUCUACAGAAUGGGUCGCCUGGGUCCCAGGGACCACCCUUUCUAGCUCCUUCAGCACAGGGAGAUCCUUUCUCCCUUGAUAUCUUUGGCUCAGAUUUGUCGCCAAAGGCGGAGUUGCAAAAGGAAUCUUCCCCUUUGGACGGUCUGACGGAGUCGGACAACAACAAUCCCGAGCGAGUGGCGGAGACCAUGGUCACACAAAGCAACUGGAUGGAUGAUUUGUUGGGUUAGAAAAAAAUGAGGGACAGAAUGAAGGCUAUAGAAAUUAAACCAAAGUACCGAUUCAUGUGUAUAUACAUUUUAAAUGAAAUGCAACUUUUUUCAGUCAAUAAAGCCAUUUUCGUAUUCAGAUUUUUCACAAACUACUAGGAAAGCUUUGAGAUGGAUUGGCCGGAACUGUUGGCUGGUUGUCAAAAGUGCAAUCACCAUUAAUCAAUAUCGCUGCUUUGUCUCAGAUUUACAAAUAAAAAGCUUAACUUGUGGCUUGAAA